AUGGUCUCUUUUACCAAGCUUUUCACUGCUGGCCUAGUCGCCACUUCGGCUAUCGCCGCCCCCAUGCAGGCUAAGCGCGACACCUCUAGCAAGCGUGGUGCCGCCUACAACGAUGUCACCACCGUCUCUGCUCUGACCAGUGGUGGUAGCAUCUCCUGGGCCUACAACUGGGCUGGAUCCAUCUCUGGCCUGCUCCCCUCGAACGUCGAGUUCGUCCCUAUGCUCUGGGGCCCCAAGAUGUUCGGCGGCUGGGUUACCGCCAUCGAGACCGCUUUGUCCAGCGGCAGUAGCUACAUCCUGGGAUUCAACGAGCCCGACAUGCCUUCGCAGGCCAACAUGAGCCCCACGGAUGCUGCCAACUACUACAACACCUACAUCACCCCGUGGUCCGGCAAGGCGAAGCUGAUCUCCCCCGCCGUUACCUCCUCCACUGAUGCUGGAUUCGGCCUUGACUGGUUCGAGUCUUUCAUCGGUAGCUGCAGCAGCUGUGGUAUCUCCGGUCUGGCCGUUCACUGGUACGGUGAUGAUGCCGACAACUUCAAGUCCUUCGUCACCAAGGCCGUCGACACUGCUGCCAAGCACAACCUGGCUGAGGUCUGGAUCACCGAGUUUGCUCUCAACGCCGAUGUCAACGGCUCUUUCGACACCGCCAACACGGCUGCUUUCCUCAACGAGGUUAUUCCUUGGUUGGAUUCGCAGGCUGGUGUCACUCGCUACUCUUACUUCAUGUGCGCCGAGAACUACUUGCUCAGCGGCAACACUCUCAACCAGGCUGGCCAGGCUUACGUCUCUGCGUAA